AUGGAUUACAACUCGAUUGUCUUUCGCGAGUUUACACAUGAAUCGAUACGACGUAUUGAACAUUAUCGUCAAGAAGAAGCUGAACGUAUUGCUUCUGAACGAUUACAACAACAAAUAAUACGUGAAGAUGAUAUUGAUGAACGUCAUUCUAUGAAUAAAUCAUUAAAAUAUGAAUCAAUCGGUCCUAAACAAAAACCUAAUAAAGAAUUGGCUGUUGGACAAACAUUACCACGAAUUUUACAAAAUAAAUUUCCACCUGAACUUAUUGGAAAACCAAUUGACGAAAUCGAUUGGUAUUAUCGUACGGAAUAUGCAUUUGUGGUUAUUAAUCGAAAUAAAACAAUAUUUCGAUUUAGUUCAACACCAGCUUGUUUUAUAUUUUCUCCAUUUAAUUGUUUUCGACGUUCAGCUAUACGUAUAUUUACACAUCCACUUUUUAGUACAUUUGUUAUGAUUACAAUUUUAACUAAUUGUGUAUUUAUGACACUUAAAAAUCCACCAGAAACAAAUGAAUAUGUUUUUACACUAAUUUAUACACUUGAAGCAUUAACAAAAUGUGUUGCACGAGGAUUUAUCCUAGAAAAAUAUACAUUUUUACGUGAUCCAUGGAAUUGGUUAGAUUUUAUUGUCAUCACACUUGCAUAUAUCACAUCUUUUGUCAAUUUGGGAAAAGUUGCAGUAUUGCGAACAUUUCGUGUCUUAAGAGCAUUAAAAACUGUUGCAGUUGUACCUGGUUUAAAAACAAUUGUUGAUGCUUUAAUACAAUCUCUUAUUUGUCUACGAGAUGUAACUGUUUUAUCAAGUUUUAUUCUUUCAAUAUUUGCAUUGGUAGGAUUACAACUUUAUAUGGGUGUUCUUCGACAAAAAUGUGUACCAACUUAUGAAUCAUUUUUAAAUAAUUCCAAUUUUUCUAGUGUUGGAUUUAAUAUGUCAUUUGACACUUAUUUGACUGAAAUCAAUAAUACAAUUUAUUGGUAUCAAGAAGAUGAAGCUUAUGUUCUUUGCGGUAAUGCAAGUGGAAGUAGAAAAUGUCCAUCGGGUUAUGUUUGUUGGAAAGAUCGAGGCAAAAAUCCUGAUUUUGGAUAUACAAGUUUUGAUAGUUAUGGCUGGGCUAUGCUUUCGUGUUUUCGAUUAAUGACACAAGAUUUUUGGGAAAAUCUUUAUCAACAAGUAUUAACAUCAGCUGGUCGUUAUCAUUUUUUUUAUUUUGUUGCUGUCAUAUUUUUCGGUUCAUUUUAUUUGGUUAAUUUAAUCUUAGCUAUUGUUUCAAUGUCUUAUCAAGAACAACAAAAAAAAGUUCAAGCUGAAAAUGAAGAACGUGAAAGACGUAAAAUUGAAAAUGAACUUGAAGAACAAAAUGAAGAAGCACGAAAAGCAUCAGAAUUACAUGCACUUUUAAAUAUUGAUAAUGAACAAUAUAUUGAAAAUGCAUUAUGUUUUGAAAAUCCAAAUCAUAAAAUUUCAUAUUCUAAUCUUUCUAUUGAGUAUGACCCAAAUCAAAAAAAAAAUGAAUUAAAAUAUCAACGAUCAUUUCAAACAUCAUCAUCAAUGUUUCAAUUUGAAAAUUCAAGUUUAGUUUUAUCUAAUCCAACAACAAGUGAUACAACAACAAUACCAUUUUUUGAUGAAACACAACAAAAUUCAACAAAUGAAGAUAGAAAAAGUCAACGAACAAGAACUGUUUCUUAUUCAUCAGAACAAAAUCAAUAUAAUAAUGAUUCAACUGUCACACUUUAUCAAGUCAAACCUCAUAUAAAAUAUGCUCCAAUUACCGAAGUAUUAAGUGCUCGAAAUUCCGAACAAACAAGUGUUCGAUCAAAAAAUUUGGAUACAACUAAUACAUUUGAUCGACCAAUAGUUAAACUUCUACGAAUUUAUUGUUGCGAAUGGACUUGUCAAUCGCCGAUAUUUCAAAAAUUUCGAACUGCUAUUGCUUUUUUUAUAUUGGAUGCAUUUGUUGAUUUAUUUAUUACAAUAUGUAUUAUAUUAAAUACAUUAUUUAUGGCACUUGAUCAACCUGGUCAAAGUGACAAAAUGACACGAAUUUUAACAACAGGCAAUUAUGUUUUUACAAGUAUUUUUACAACUGAAGCUAUAUUAAAAAUAAUUGCAAUGACACCAGCUAAAUUUUUAAAAGAUGGAUGGAAUGUAUUUGAUUUAAUUAUUGUUACACUUAGUCUUGUUGAAUUAGGUCUUUCUAAUAUAAAAGGUUUAAGUGUUUUACGUUCAUUUCGAUUAUUACGUGUAUUUAAAUUGGCUAAGUCUUGGCAAACAUUGAAUCGUCUUAUGUCAAUUAUUGGUAAAUCAAUAGGCGCUUUAGGAAAUUUAACAUUGGUUGUUGUUAUUAUAAUAUUUAUUUUUGCUGUUAUGGGAAUGCAGUUAUUUGGUACAAAAUAUGCAGAAAAGUUUGGUAAAGAGAUGCCAAGAUGGACAUUUUUUGAUUUUUUUCAUGCAUUUAUGAUUGUUUUUCGUGUCUUAUGUGGUGAGUGGAUUGAAUCAAUGUGGGUUUGUCUUGAAUGUGCUGGAUGGCCAUGUAUUCCAUUUUUUCUAUUUACAUUUGUCAUUGGUAAUCUUGUGGUAUUAAAUUUAUUUUUGGCUCUAUUACUUGCAUCAUUUGGCUCAAAUGUUUUAAGUGAACGAGAAAAAGAAGAUGAUGAAAAUAAAAUUGGUGAAGCAAUAGAUCGUAUUCAACGAUGUUUUCGUUUUGUAAUUCGAUAUAUUUUUGGUUUAUUUCGUCGAAAAAAACAACGACAAAAAAUGAUUUCUAUAGACAAUAAUAUUAAUGAAAUUGUAACUUAUAAUCGAGAUGUUCCGGCUACAGAAGAAUUAAUUAGUAGUAUUCCUUUACCAACAUUAUAUGAUGCAGAAAAAACUAAUACAUCAUUAAUUAUAACUAAUAAUUCAACAACAAUAAAUGAAGAUAUUGAAAUGCAAUUAAUGAAUGAUAAUUCUAUAAUAACAAUAAAUCCUGUAAUAUGGCAAGAUCUUAAUAUGCCACCUGAUUGUUGUCCGAAAAUAAUAUCAGAAUUUUUUUCUUGUUAUGCUAAAUAUAUUCCAAUAAAUAUUCAACAACGAUGGACAUAUCUUCGUAGUAAAGCUCAUCGUCUUGUUGAACAUCGUUUUUUUGAAUGGCUUAUUAUUGGUAGUAUAUUAGCUAGUAGUACAACUUUAGCUUUAGAAGAUAUAAAUACACGACAACAACCAAUAUUUUAUAAAAUUUUAGUUGUAUUAGAUAAAAUUUUUACAAUUAUAUUUACAGUCGAAUUAAUAUUAAAAUGGUUUGCAUAUGGAAUAAAAAAUUAUUUUACAAAUGGUUGGAAUUGGUUAGAUUUUUUUAUUGUACUUGUUAGUGUUCUUGGAGUUUUUCUUGAUUGGUUUGGUGUAGCUGAUAUUCCAGCAUUUAAAUCAAUGAGAACAUUAAGAGCUUUACGUCCAUUAAAAGCACUUUCAAGAUUUGAAGGAAUUCGAGUUGUUGUUAAUGCAUUAAUUGGUGCCAUACCAGCAAUUUUUAAUGUUCUACUUGUUUGUCUUGUAUUUUGGUUAAUAUUUUCGAUUAUGGGUGUACAAAUAUUUGGUGGCAAAUUUUAUAAAUGUGUAUAUGUUGGUACACAUGAUCGUGUUCAUAUAAGAGAAAAUGUAACAAAUAAAAUGGAUUGUUUAAAUAAAAAUUUUACAUGGGAAAAUUCACGAGUAAAUUUUGAUCAUGUUGUUAAUGGUUAUUUAGCUUUAUUUCAAGUUGCAACUUUCAAAGGUUGGGUUGAAAUAAUGGCUGAUGCAACAGAUGCUAGAGAAUUAGGAGGUGGUGGUUCAAUAGAAAUGUUUAUGACAGAAGAGCAAAAAAAAUAUUAUAAUGCUAUGAAAAAAAUGGGUACUAAAAAACCGACUAAAGCAUUACCAAGGCCAAGAUUUGCUCUUGCAAGAUUUUUUUUUGAUUUAACAACAAAUCAAAAAUUUGAUAUAUUUAUAAUGAUAUGUAUUCUUCUUAAUAUGGUUUGUAUGUGUCUUGAACAUCAUGAACAAAGUGAUACUUAUGAACGCGUUCUUGGAUAUAUUAAUAAUUUUUUUGUUGCAAUAUUUACUAUUGAAUGUUUUAUGAAAUUAGUUGCAUUAAAUUUUAAAUAUUUUACUAUGCCCUGGAAUGUGUUUGAUUUUAUCAUUGUAAUUGCAUCAAUUCUUGGACAAGCAUUAGGAGAAAUUAUGGCAAAAUUUUUUGUUAAUCCAACAUUAUUACGUGUUGUUCGUGUUGCACGUGUUGGAAGAGUAUUACGUCUUGUAAAAGGAGCAAAAGGUAUUCGAACAUUACUUUUUGCAUUAGCUGUUUCAAUGCCUGCUUUAUUUAAUAUUGGUCUUCUUCUUUUUCUUGUCAUGUUUAUUUAUUCAAUAUUUGGUAUGUCAUUUUUUGCUUAUGUUAGAAAAUCAGCUGGUGUAACAGAUUUAUUUAAUUUUGAAACAUUUCCUAAUUCAUUGAUUAUACUUUUUCCAAUGUGUACAACUGCUGGUUGGUCUGGUGUUUUACAAGCAUUAACAAAUGAUCGACCACCAGAUUGUGAUCCAACAAUAUAUUCACCAUCAAAUCGUGGUGAUUGUGGUCAUACGGGUAUUGCAAUACCAUUUCUUGUGAGUUAUUUAAUAAUUAGUUCUCUUGUUGUGGUUAAUAUGUAUAUUGCAGUAAUUUUAGAAAAUUUUUCUCAAGCACAAGAAGAUGUACAACAAGGCUUAACCGAUGAUGAUUAUGAUAUGUAUUAUGAAAAAUGGCAACGUUUAGAUCCAUCUGGUUCACAAUUUAUACAAUAUGAUCAAUUAUCAGAUUUUGUUGACGGUCUUGAACCACCAUUACGUAUUCCUAAACCCAAUCAUUUAUUACUUGUUGCUAUGGAUUUACCAAUAUGUGAAAAUGAUCGUAUGCAUUGUGUUGAUAUACUUGAUGGUCUUACAAAACAUUUUCUUGGUACACUUGAUAUGCCAGCAACAAGUGCUGAAACUGAUGCACCUAUUGAUAUAAAAAAAGAUCGUCCAAAAGAUUAUCAUCCAAUAACAACAACAGUACAACGUCAACGUGGAAAUUAUUUAAGUCGAAUUGGUUUAAAAGGUUUUCGGUAUAAUGUUCAACAAUGUCGAAAUGAACGACAACAUCAACAACCAAAACUUGAAAGAGCUAUAAUUGAUGAACUCAUUGAAUUAGAUGACUUAGAAACACCAACAUUAAUAUCUGAUAGUAAUCAAAAUCAUGAAACAAAUCGAAUAGCACCAAUAUGA